AUGCCACCACGAACAUUGAAAGUCGGCGUCAUUGGUCCCAAGGGCCAGGCCGGAAGCUGUGUGGUCGAUGAGCUCUUGUCGCGAGGCCACUCCGUCGUUGGCAUCUCGCGGAAUCCUCCUGACCAGUGGCCCAGUCCCGGCAAGGGUAUCUGGUCGUCAACGUCUGUGGAUAUCCACAAAGAGCAUACGAAACUGAUCAGCAUUAUUUCGUCCGGGUUCGACGCCAUUGUCUGUGCCUACGGACCGAGCCUGAAAGUCAUAACGAAUGUGUACGCCGAGGCGAUCGAGGGACAUGGCAGGAUCAAGACUGCUUUGUUGGCCUCGACACAUGAUGGCCCAUUCAUCAUCAUUGGCGGAGCGGGUUCGAUCCAUGUAUCCAAUCGUCUUCAGCUCACAGAUGAAGACGGUUUUGCUUUCAGCUGGUGGUGGACCUGGCCUGAUGAGCAUUUGGACUACAUGACAGCGCGCGGCUUCGACCACGGAAGCCUUUUCAUCAGCCUAUUGGCCAUGUUGUUGAAAUGGAGCAGAAGUCACAUCCAACGACCGACGUUCUACUCUUGGAUCUUAAGCCCUUUUGUGUAUGCGGCGCUCGCUUGGGUGAAGAGUGCUUUGACAAACCGACACAAUCUGGGGUUGAUCACGGGAAGCCGGAUGGCGUUUACCAUGUGGAACGGCGUCAAGGAUAAAUCCUGGUCUUUCUUGUCGCCGCCUGGACUCUUGCGUGACAAAGGAGUUCGCACGGGAGAGUACAAGGUGUUUGUGGACAGCCCUGAGGACCCUGCGGUUGAGGCUGCGAACGGCGGAAUCUACAAUGAGGACAUGGCUGUUGCUGUCGUCGAUGAAGUUGAGAAUAAUAAGUUGGCCUAUCAGCAUUGGAGUUGCACAGGUCCCAUUGGACUGCGCGAAUGGUAG